AUGACAUGUGUUGUUGUUGCAUCUCACAGAUCAGCUGAGCGCAGGCGUAGCUCCCUGGUAGUGAGUCUGCCGGGACUCAAGGUGUUCCCUGGAGACCUCCUGGUGUCAGACAGUGCCACGGACUACCUGCCCUACUCAUCCUUCCUGCUAAGUGCAGAGCCCAAAAAGUCAAGGUGGCCAUUUGUCAAAAGAGGAGUUGGUAAAGACAAACAGAAGCAAGCAUCUGAUCUGGAAAAUUGUCUUUCAACUGUUAAGAUCAUAGACUGCUGCACAUAUGAAUUUUUCUGCUUUAAGAGUAAAUCUUGGCAUGAAUUUAUAAAUGAGCAACAGACUGAGCAGAAAGAUGUCGACAGCCGGUUAGAAGUGAAAAAAGAAGCAGCAGUGUGGGAACUUUUCACAAGUGAAUGCACUUACUUUCUGGAUCAUUUAUUGGUUCUCAAGAUGAUAUUUGUGAACACCCUAAAAUACCUCCAGAGUAAUGAAUUUCUCUUGGAUGUGGAUUUGUGGAGACUUUUUGCAAACUUGGAGGAGUUAAACAAGAUAAGUCUCAGUUUUCUGAAAACUUUCUUUCAAACUGUGAAGGAGCAUGUCAGCAAGACAGACUCUCCCAUGGAUUUCAGCUCCAUACUCAGGUCCAUACUCAGAACGUUUUUCCAGGGUGACCUCUGCCAGACACACCAGAUUUAUUACCUUAAUUAUACUUCUGCUGUCUUCUACUUGGAAAAACUGAGACUGAGAGAAGAUUUUGGCAUCUACCUGAAAUGGUGUGAACAAAAUGCACAAUGCAAGAGGUUGCAUCUGCCAGAGCUGCUGGUCGCUCCUCUGCAUCGACUGACGCGCUAUCCUCUCCUCCUUAACAACAUCUGGAAGAGGAGCACUGAUGAAACAGAGAAAGGCCUUAUCCAGUCACUUUAGGAGAAAGUGGAAAAGUCCAUAUGGGACCUGGAAGGUAAAGUCAAGUGGUUGGACAACUUUCAGAAGUUCAGGCAGCUGCAAGAGGUCAUAAUUUGGCCUCAGGUCUGGGAUCGUGACAAAAGGUUCUUUGUCCCAGAGUGUUUGAAGCAAAGCUUACGAGAAAGCAGCAGUGAAAACAUUUUGUCUUCAGCAAACAGACUUCUCCUUCAUGAAGGGAGGCUGAUGUUAGCAGAAAGCACAAGACUCCUUGAUGUCUACCUCUUCCUAUUCGAUGAUUUCCUACUAAUAACCAAAAUUAAACGCUACAAAAAGAAAUAUGGGGGUUCAGACACCAGCUUAAUCCCUGUCUGUCCUUCCCUCACUCCUGAACUGCAGUCCUUCAUAAGAGAGGGUGGAUUUUGCACAGUCCUGGACCAGCCCAUCCCACUAGACAGACUAACACUGAAAAACAUUGAACCUGUCCAAGUUACAGUCUUCAGCCUGUGAAAUGCUUUCUUAAUACAGUAUGAAAAUAGGUAUCAGCAGUGUAUAGCAGUCUUCUUGCUACAAGCUCCAACAGAGACUGCCAAGAAAGCAUGGAUGUCACAGAUAGAAACAGCAAUCGCCAAUUACACCACAAGACACCAAACCAGGAAAAGCACUGAGUUCUGCUUCCCAGUUGAAUCCUCUGAAAUUUAA